ACUGAUGAGAAAUCGUUCUGCAAUAACAAAAUUCAUCCUGCUAGGACUAACAGAUGACCCACAACUACAAGUUUUUCUAACAGUAUUUCUGUUUCUUACCUACAUUUUCACCGUUGCUGGAAAUCUAAUCAUUAUCCUCCUCACACUGGUGGACGUUCACCUCAAAACACCCACGUACUUUUUCCUUCGCAAUUUCUCCAUCUUAGAAAUAAUAUUUACAACUGUCUGUGUUCCCAGAUUCCUGUACAGCAUGACAACUGGGGACAAAAGUGUCACCUACAAUGCUUGUGUAGUCCAAUUAUUUUUUGUCAUCCUCGUUGGGGCAGCAGAAUUCUUUCUUCUAACUGCCAUGUCCUAUGACCGCUACGUGGCCAUCUGCAAGCCUCUGCACUACACCACCAUCAUGAAUGACAGGGUGUGCACCAUAUUUGUCCUUGGCUGUUGGCUGACUGGGUUACUUGUCAUACUCCCACCGCUUAGCCUGGGAGUUCAGCUAGAUUUGUGUAACUCCAAUCUCAUUGACCAUUUUGGCUGUGAUGCAUCCCCUCUUCUGAAGAUUGUUUGCUCAGACACGCAAUUUGUAGAACAAAUUGUUUUAACCAUGGCUGUGCUAACCCUCAUAUUCACACUAGUGUGUGUAAUUGUAUCCUAUACAUACAUCAUCAAGACCAUCUUAGGACUGCCCUCUGCUCAGCAAAGAAAAAAGGCUUUCUCUACUUGUUCUUCCCAUGUGAUUGUAGUUUCCCUCACCUAUGGAAGUUGCAUCUUCAUCUAUAUCAAACCAGCAAAGGAAGGAGUGGCCCUUAAUAAGGUGGUAUCACUGCUCAACACCUCAUUUAUCCCUUUGAUGAACCUUUUCAUUUACACUCUACGAAACAAGCAAGUCAAACAAGCCUUCAAGGACUCAUUAAAAAAGAUUGCAUUUCUUUCAGAGCAUUAGAAGAUUUUAAGUUUUCAAUAAUAUUUACAUAUAAUUGUUUCUUCUUUCACUGUGUGUUCUAAUUCAAAUCUAAACUACAGUUUCAUUAACCACUAAAGUUUUUUUUUUUUUUUAUUAACUCUUAUUAAGCUUCAAGUGAACGUUUACAAAUCCAAUCAGUCUGUCACGUAUAAGUUUACAUACAUCUUACUCCGUACUCCUACUUGCUCUCCCCCUAUUGAGUCAGCCCUUUCAGUCUCUCCUUUUGUGACAAUUUUGCCAGCUUGCCUCUCUCUCUAUCUUCCCAUCCCCCCUCCAGACAAGAGAUGCCAACACAAUCUCAAGUGUCCACCUGAAAUAAUUGGCUCACUCUUCAUCAGCAUCU